AUGUUCUUGCUCAGUAUAGCUUUAGAAAAAUUGACCUUACAUAAUUUAUUUCCUUUCAUAUUCGAAAUUCUAUUUAAACCAACCCUUGAAGUUGUCAAUGCAUUAAAACCUAUUCUUCAAGUUAUUGCAAAUGGUUACACGCUCACUUGUAUACACUUACGUAUGGGACAGAACCCGUCUAAUCCGGUGGAUGCUCGUUUUGAAAAUCGAGAUUUAGCCCCCGAAGAUAUAAUAGAUUUCUUGAAUAGAACAAAUUUACGAAAAAUGCAACAUACACGACUUUUUGUCACCAGCGAUUCUGAACAAGCAUUGUCAAAAAUCGUUUCACAAUUUCCAAAUCAAACUAUAACAAUAUCUGGUCCAAUCCUUCAUAUUGAUCGUCCAAAGAAUCGUAAUGAUACCGGUCGUGGAGUUCUUAAAGUAAUUGCCGAUUUUUACGCGUUAGGAGAAUGUCACACGAGUAUUUUGACACCUAGUGGAUUUUCAGGAUUAGCCAACCGACGACGGAUAGAACCAUAUCAAAAUUUAUUUAAAUAUGAUGUCUCAAAUAGACAAAUUGAACGUUGCCAUGAUAUCUACGAAUAUGGAAAGCCACCAAAAACAGUGGACGUUUCAUUGUAUUGUAGAGUAAUUUUCAAUUAUUCUUCUCGCGAAAUGUGAGUGAAUUGAGAGUCUAGAUGAAUUGAUGGAUGUGAGUAUCAGUAGAUGGGUAGAUUGGUGUGAGUGUGCUUUUUCUUCUUUCGUAUUAUGAAAAACAUCAAAACAUGAAUCUUUUGACACUAAAAAUCGAUCUUUAUAAUAAAAGUUAGUUGAGAAAAACUAUGAAAUACAAAUUGUUUUAUUCUUUAUGGCAUACUUGUUUCUUUAUAUUGAAAUUGUCGUUUCAUCUGAUCAAGUCAAUGCAUAGUCAUGUUUUGAUCUAUUUAAAGAAAUGUUCAUAGAUUGAACAUUACAUGAAAUGAACAAAACCAGAACAUGUCUUCUUUACUGUUGCUAUGAAUCUAUUAAUGAAAAAUCGAAGAAAAUAUUUCAAACAUAAUCAGAGAAACUUUUCAAAGUCUACUAUGGAUAAUUCAACUUAAAGGCAUUGACUAAUUACAUCGUUCGAAAAAAUUCUCAUAUUUCAAGUGACUUCAUCAAGGAAGAAUAGUCACUCGAUAACUUUGAAAAAUCAUUUUCAAGAUACUUGUCUUGAUUCAAUUCUUAAAGCAUAAUAAAUUUGUAAAAUACAUCUCAAUAGUUUCAUUUGCAAUUUUCCAAAUAACAUUUUUUCAUCAAUAUAUAAGUAAUUUUACUAUAAUUGUAUUCCUCGAUCAUAUUCGUACUUAGCUAAGAAAUGUUCGAGACCAGAACUAAUGUGGUAAACUCAGAAUCCAUACAAAUAUUUAUCUUUAAGAUUUUGCUUUCUAAAAUCUCAAGUUUUCUACUGUUUAAUCGAGCAAUAAUUGUAGGAAUUUUACGCAAUAUAUACCUUCGGUGUCUUCAAUAUUUUCCAGAUUGUUGACAAUUAUUCAAAAGGUGCACAUUAUGUUGCAGGUCGACCAACUGGUACCGAGAUCAGAUGAAUAAAAUAUUUGUUCAUCUCUAUUUCGGCAUGAAAAACUGAAUUAUAAAGGUUAUUGUCCAAUCUUAUUGAACCAUUCGCCUAAUUUUUUUCGAACAAAAAAGAUUAUAGAGACAUGCAAUAAAGUUGGUACUACAUUGAAAGAUUAAGCCAUAUUCACGUAAGUGUCAUUCGACAAUGAGAUUUUUACAAUAAAUUGAAUGUAAUUCAUUCGUCAAUCAUGUUCUUGCCAACAUAAAUUUAUAGAAGGUCAUUUCUGUCCAUAUGUUGAAACAUGUUUUCUUCUCUAUGAUGUCUCAAAAUUUGCAUGAAUGACACAAACAUAGUAUGAUUUAAUCAUCUCUUACACGAUGCAAUCUAUAAAUCAAAUAGUCUUGUAUAAGAGUGAAGUGAAUCAAAUAUAAAAUAUAACAAAUGACAUGUUCUAGUUCAUUGAUGUUAUUGAAAAUUAUCAUGAAAAAAUGUUUUUUUUUGUGUUUACAAUGUCAUCUGGGAAAAGAUACUGAGUUGAUAUGCACCGUAAUGGAUGUUCAUAUGUAAUUUUCUCUGAUUUUGUAGAACUCACAUAUAUUUUCGAAGAAAAUAGUGAGUGUAAGUUUUACGAUUCUCCUUCCCAUUACAGGUCAUAGCGACGCAGAUCUCCAUUACAGACUUUAGCAAUCGAGAGUAACAGGUGUCAAACUUUCUAGAGUUUUUUUGCAAAAUUGAUCAUGUUAUAAUUUUGAAAAAUAAUGAAUAUCAUUCUUUGUGAGUUGAUUAAAAAAUAUAUAUAUAUAUAUGAUAGCGCGUAAGAUCUGCUGUAAAUAUCAUGGAUAUGUAAAACAGACUUGUUUGUCAAUUAAUUCAAUGAUUAUA